AUGUUCCAGACGCGCAGAGGAAGAAAUCGUUUCAACCAUGACAUUUAUUUACUGUAUUUCUCUUUUUCUUUCAUCUUUUUUUCUUUUUUCUUUCACCUUUUUUUUAUUGAUUUUUCUUUCACCUUUUUUCUUUACCUUUAUUUUAUUCUUUUUAUCUUCCACUUCGCGUUUCUCUCUUUUUUUCUUCUACUUUUUCUGCUUUUUUCUUUCAUGUCUUUUUCUUUUUCUUUUAAAUUUUUCUUUCACUCUUUUUCUUCUUUUUUAUUUUCACAUUCUUCUUCUUUUUCAUCACUUGUUUCUUCUAUUUUCUUUCAUCUCUAUUUUCUUCCUUUUGUUCUUUCACCUCUUUUUUUCUCCCACUUUUUCACUUUUUUUCUUUUCAUUUCUUUUUUCUUCGCAUGUCUAUUUUGUUCUUUCACCUUUUUUCUUCUUUUUUCUUUCACCUCACUUUUCAUCUUUUAUCAUUCGCCUUCAUUCACAUGUUGUUUUUCUUUCAACUUCUUUUUUCUUCAUAUUUUCUUUCAUGUCUUUUUCUUCGUUUUAUGUUCGCCUUUUUCUUCUUUUUUCUUCCACCUCUUUUUCCUUCCGCCUGAUUUUUCUCCCACUUUUAUUUUCUUCUUUUUUUCUUUCACCUUUUCCUACUUUUUCUUUCAUGUCUGUGAUCUUUUUAUUUUACAGUUUUCUUCUUUUUUCAUUCAAUCUUCUUUUUUACUUUCACCUUCUUCUUUUUUCAUCUCUUUUUUUCCAACUCUAUUUUCUUUCACCUCUUUUUUCUCCCACUUACUUUUCAUUUUUUCUGCUUUUUUCUUUUCACUUCUUUUUUUCUUGUCAUAUCUGUUUUGUCCUUUGUUUCACCUUUUCUUCUUUUUUACAUUCACCUCAUUUUUCUUGUUUUCUUUUCAUUCGCCUCUAUUAACACGUUAUAUUUCUUUCUUUUAUCUCCCUUUUUCUUCAUAUUUUCUUUCAUCUCUUUUUUCUUCGUUUUUCUUUCACGAUUUUUCUUUCAUCUCAUUUUUCUUCAUUUUUCCAUUUACCUCUAUUCACACGUUGUUUUUCUUUCAACUCCUUUUUUCUUCAUAUUUUCUUUCCUCUAUUUUUCUUCGUUUCUCGUUCGUUUUUUUCCUUCUUUUUUAUGCUUUGCGCACUUCUGUCGUUUUACUUCUCGUUCUGAACAUCUUUCAUCUUUCGCUCUUAUUCUUCAUAAAAUUCUUUCUCAUAUUCCACAUUUUUCUUCCAUUUAGUAACUCCCAUCUCCACUCCGGUUUUCCUUCUGUUUUUUUGCUUUUUCAUUUUCACUUCUUUUUUCUUUGCAUGUCUAUUUUGUUUUUUCCCCUUUUUCUUCUUUUUUCUUUCACCUCAUUUUUCUUUUUAUUAUUCGCUCUUAUUCACACGUUUUUUCGCUUUUUCAUUUUCACUUCUUUUUUCUUUGCAUGUCUAUUUAGUUCUUUCCCCUUUUUUCUUCUUUUUUCUUUCACCUCAUUUUUCUUUUUAUUAUUCGCUCUUAUUCACACGUUUUUUUUCUUUUUUCAUUUUCACUUCUUUUUUCUUUGCAUGUCUAUUUUGUUCUUUCACCUAUUUUCUUCUUUUUUCUUUCACCUCAUUUUUCUUUUUAUCAUUCGCUUUUAUUUACACGUUUUUUUCUUUUCAAUUCUUUUUUCUUUGCAUGUCUUUUUUGUUCUUUCACCUUUUUUCUUCUUUUUUCUUUCACUUCAUUUUUCAUCUUUUAUCAUUCACCCUUAUUCACACCUUUCUUUCUUUCUUUCUUUCUUUCUUUCUUUCUUUCUUUCUUUCUUUCACCUACUCACACACACACAUAUACAUAAUACUUUCUAUUAUCUAUCUCUCUGCUUUCUUUCUUCACUUUCUUUCAUUCUUUCUUUCCCUGUGUUUAUUUGUGUUAUACUUUCUUUAAUUUCAUGUUUCUUUCUUUCUAAUUUUCUGUCUAUACAGUUUAUUUUUUUCUUUCCAAUACAGCAGUUAUUGAGCUCGCUUUGUUUGUUUGCUUGUUUCUUUUUUUCUUUCUUCCCCUUUGUUUAUUUGUUUUAUACAUCCUUUCUUUCUUUUCUUUCUUUUCUUUCUUUCUUUCUUUCUUUCUUUCUUUCUUUCUUUCUAAAUUGCUAUCUACACAAUUUAUUAUCUUUCUUUCUAUUAUUAUUUAUUUCCAAUACACCAGCUAUCCAGCUCGCUUUGUUUGUUUGUUUCUUUCUUUCUUUCCAUUUGUUUAUUUGUUUUAUACAUUCUUUCUUUAAUUUUCUUUCUUUCUUUCUUUCUUUCUUUCUUUCUUUCUUUCUAAUUUGCUAUAUAUACAGUUUAUUUUGUUUCUUUCCAUUUUUCUUUCUUUCUAAUACACCAGCUACCCAGUUUGCUUUCUUUCUUUCUUUCUUUCUUUCUUUCUUUCUUUCUUUCUUUCUUUCUUUUUAUACAUUCUAUCUUUCAUUUCAUUUGUUUGUUUCUUUCUGUCUUUCUUUCUUUCUAAUUUGCUAUCUAUACAGUUUAUUUUCUUUCUUUCCUUCGUUUUCUUUCUUUUCCCUUAUGCGUAACUACUUCUUUCUUUCUUUCUUUCUUUCUUUCUUUCUUUCUUCUGUUUUCCAAUUGUCUUUCUAUUUCCUUUUCUUUUUUCUUCUCUACCUACUACUUUUUUCAUUUUCUUACUUUCUUUUAAUUAAUUUCAAUUUUUCGUUCCAUCGUAUUCUUGUUUUUCCAUUUGUUUAUUCCCCUUCCUUUUCUUGCCUACCAACCGCUUCUUCUUCUUUUUCAGUUGUCAUUUUUCAUUCUCAAUUGUUCUUUGUUUCUUUUGUUCGUGUUCUUCGUUUCUUUCAUUCAGUCUUUUCCUGA